GCGGGCGGGCAAGCGGCUGGAAGUACCCAACCCCGAGGAUGGCGAGCCGCGGCUGCGGGAGGCUGGUGCCCGCCCCGCCGUCGCCAUUGCCCAGAUCCAAACUUUGUUGUGGGAUGACUCAAGAUGGAAACUUAUUGAAAAGAAAAUUGUCUACAUAACAGACAACCUAGCUGAAAGAGCAAACAUAUCAGAUCGAAGAUUUGAUGCAGCUGCAAAACCUCUUCUUUUGGAUCUAAAGUAAUUGUUAGAACAAAAUUUCUGAAACAGCAUGACUAAUUGCAAAGGAAGAUCUGUCAGUAAGAAAAUAAAUGAGAAAGCCUGUCACAGAGAAGGGUUGGUGAAUUGGACCAUAAAUCUGAAUACAAUUCAGUCUGACAAGUUCUUGAACCUGCUGUUGAGUAUGGUCCCAAUUGUUUAUCACAAGAACCAGGAAGAGAGACACAAGAAAGUGAACAGUGUCUGGCAAGAUGGAUUACAACCAUCAGCACAUAAUUUCAGUGUUAGGACUGACCAACACAUUGAUUAUCAUCCGUUUUCAGAAUCAGCUUUUCAUCAUGGCAGUAAUGGACAUAAUUCAUCAAGCUGUAGUCCAAAGUAUGAUAACUUUACAAGCUAUAAUUAUUCAGAUCGAAUAGACUCGUCAGAAACGGAUGCUAUGCUGCAGGACAACAAUGCAUCUAGUGAUGUUGUCGAAGAUAUUGUUGUGGAAGGGACCAGAAAACAGCCCAAAGAAUCUAGUAGCGUUAUGGCGCUGCAGAUACUUGUUCCAUUUUUGCUCGCAGGAUUUGGAACAGUAUCAGCCGGGAUGGUUCUAGAUAUUGUUCAGCACUGGGAAGUUUUCAAAAAUAUAACUGAAGUGUUCAUCUUGGUUCCUGCCUUGUUGGGUUUGAAGGGGAACCUGGAAAUGACUUUGGCAUCCAGAUUGUCAACUGCUGUAAAUGUUGGGAAAAUGGAUUCACCAAUUGAGAAGUGGAAUUUAAUAAUUGGCAAUUUGGCCUUAAAACAGGUGCAAGCAACAGUUGUUGGCUUUUUGGCAGCUGUAGCCGCUGUUAUAUUGGGCUGGAUCCCUGAAGGCAAAUACAGCCUUGAUCACUCUGUCCUCUUGUGUUCCAGCAGUGUAGCAACCGCCUUCAUAGCAUCUCUUUUACAGGGAAUAAUAAUGGUUGGAGUUAUCGUUGGGUCUAAGAAGACUGGCAUAAAUCCUGACAACGUUGCCACACCAAUUGCAGCAAGCUUUGGAGAUCUUAUCACCCUUGCCAUACUUGCUUGGAUAAGUCAGGGUCUUUAUGAUUGCCUUGAUAAAUAUUAUUAUAUAUCUCCUUUAGUUGGUGCCUUUUUCUUGGCUAUGACUCCUAUGUGGAUUGUAAUUGCUGCUAAACAUCCCGCUACAAGAACUGUUCUCCAUUCAGGGUGGGAGCCUGUUAUAACUGCUAUGGUCAUAAGCAGUAUUGGUGGCCUUAUUUUGGACACAACUGUAUCUGAUCCUAAUUUGGUUGGAAUUGUUGUUUAUACUCCUGUAAUCAACGGUAUUGGUGGCAAUCUAGUGGCAAUUCAGGCAAGCAGGAUUUCUACAUAUUUGCAUUUACACAAUGUUCCUGGUGAAUUACCAGAAGAAGCCAAGGGCUGCCUCUACCCAUGCAGAACAUAUUGUGGUACAGGAGUAAACAAUAAGUCAGCUCAAGUUCUUCUUCUUUUGGUGAUUCCUGGGCAUUUAAUUUUCCUAUACACCAUUCAUUUAAUGAAGAGUGGACACACAUCCUUGACCCCAAUCUUCAUCGUUGUAUAUUUGUUCACAGCCCUUCUACAGGUGUUUACCUUGUUGUGGAUUGCUGACUGGAUGGUGCACCACAUAUGGAAAAAAGGAAAAGAUCCAGAUAGUUUUUCUAUUCCUUAUCUGACUGCGCUUGGGGAUCUCCUUGGAACAGCCUUACUUGCAAUGAGUUUCCAUUUUCUGUGGCUCAUUGGUGAUAGAGAUGGGGAUGUUGGUGACUAAUAAACAAGAUGAG